AUGCAGAACCACAUCCAGCAGGAGCCUCACUUCCUCAAGUUUUUUUCAUCAUUUCUGUUUCUGCUUUUGCUACCUCUGACCAAAAUUAUCGAUCAAAUUUCUCAAUAACAUAAACCAACCAUGUCUUCGGAGUCAUCAACAAGGUUUUCGAUUGGUUACGCUAUGCCCCCAAAGAAACUCGAUAGUUUCAUCCAACCUUCUUUCCUCGAUCACGCCAAGUCUCGAGGUAUCGAUCUCGUUCCCAUUGACACCACUACCAAGCCUUUGAUCGAACAAGAACCCUUUGACUGCGUCAUUCACAAGAUCUACGACGAAGAAUGGAAGAAACAGUUGAUCGAGUUCUCUUCAAAAAACCCUAAUGUUCCUAUAAUCGACCACCCCAAUGCGAUAGAGAAGCUUCACAAUCGGAUCUCUAUGCUCCAAGUGGUGAAAGGUUUGAAAUUUGGUUAUCACAGCGAAAUUUGCUGUGUUCCGAAUCAGGUUGUGAUCGAAGAUUCCGAAUCAAGGCUGUCAGAUCCUAGUGUUCUUCUAGGGUUGAAGUUUCCGGUGAUCGCCAAGCCCUUGGCUGCUAAUGCCAGUGCGAAAUCGCACGAAUUGUCGCUGGUUUUUGACAAGGAUGGAUUGAAUGGACUCAAGCCUCCGAUUGUAUUGCAGGAAUUUGUGAAUCAUGGUGGAGUCAUCUUUAAAGUUUAUGUUGUUGGGGAAUAUGCGCAAUGCGUGAAGAGGCAUUCAUUGCCCGAUAUUUCGGAGGAGAAAUUGGGGACAUUGCGAGGUCGGGUUCCGUUCUCACAGAUAUCCAAUCAGGCUUAUGUUAUUGAAGAAGUUGAGAUGCCCCCAAUGAGUUUUAUUAAUGAUGUUGCAAAUGGGUUGCGGCUGGCUAUGAAUCUUAACCUUUUUAACUUUGAUAUGAUUAGGGAUGCCACUGCUGGAAACAAGUAUCUUGUUAUUGAUAUCAAUUACUUUCCAGGUUAUGCGAAGAUGCCUUCAUAUGAGACCGUGUUGACGGAUUUCUUGUUGGGAAUUUUGAAUAAGAAGCCAAGUGAAGCAACGAGUUUGGAGCUGAAAGAAUGCCAGGAAAGUGGUUAAUGGAUCUGAUCAUGCUUAAACCCUAAACCCUAAAAGCAUGGAGCUUUCUGGUUACAUCAGUGCUCAAUGACUUGCGGUAAUGGUUUUUGCCUAAAGUUCUUUGCUUUUAUUUAUCUUUAUAUUUCAGUAAGGUGUAAUGUGACUAAAGGAAGGAAAUUAUGAUUUUGCUUUCAAGAUUACAGUGUAACUGUUUUUGGCUUCUCCAAACCUUUGCCCUGACAUUGUGGUGGUGUAUACUUCAAUACCUUGAAAAACAUAAGUACUCCAAAAUACUUGGAAGUUUUUGUAAUGGCAAUAUCAUAUUUCAACUGAUGUUAUUCAUGUA